AUGAGUAUAGCAAGUCCAAAAUUACCACCUGUUGUUCUUACAACAAAUAAUAAUAGCAAAAAUCAAACAAAUUCAUCUUCAACAUCUAUUAAAAAAGAAUUUAAUAAUAUUUCAUCACGAAUAUCAAAUGGAAAUGAGACAAAAUUAACUAUUAUUCAUAAGAAGGAACCUAUUCAUGAUUCACCAUCAAAACGAAAAAGUCGUGUUCUACAUAGUAGUGAAGAAUCGGAUGACGAUGAUAAACCAUUGGCGAAAAAAGCAGCUGCUAUGAAUGGUUAUCAUUUAACAACGCCAGUCAAUGGAAAAAAAGAUUCUGUACCUGUAACAGAUUCACUGAAAACACCUACAAUUAAAAAAGAACCUAAGACUGAAUCAACACCAACAACAGAUUCUCCGAAAACUUCUAUAGUGAAAAAAGAAACAACAACAACAACACCAACUAUCAAGAAAGAACCAAAAUCAGAAACAACACCAGUGACUUUUAAAAAAGAACCAUCACCACCCAAACGUAAAAAUUCAAAUGUUGAAUCUGAUGAUGAUAUGCCAUUAGCAAAAAAAGCUAAAAAUCAAGCAGCUGCUCGAAAAAAAUCGAAUUCUACAACACCAGUUGUUGUAAAAAAAGAAAAGAAGUCAGAUGUUAAACCAUCAUCAAAAAAGAAACUUUCCACAAAACCGUCAUCGAACAAAAUUAAAAACGAAAAAGUAACACCAACAUCAUCACCAACUAAAGAAACAACUAGUAAACGUAAGAAAAAACAAGAAGAAGAAGAAGAUAUUUGGAGAUGGUGGGAAGAAGAAAAAUAUACAGACGGUCGUAAAUGGACAACACUUGAACAUAAAGGUCCAUUAUUUCCACCUCUAUAUGAAUCAUUACCACACAAUGUGAAAUUUUUUUAUAAUGGUACGGAAGUUAAAUUAAAAGAUCCAGCUGAAGAAAUUAUGACAUUUUAUGCCCGUAUGUUGGAGCAUGAUUAUACAUCUAAAGAUGUAUUUAAUAAUAAUUUUAUGGCCGAUUGGCGUAAAUCAAUGUCACAAGCUGAACGUGAAUUAAUAAAAGAUAUACGUAAAUGUGAUUUUACACAAGUUGCAAGUUAUUUUAAAGAACAAACUGAACAACGUAAAGCUAUGAGUAAAGAAGAGAAAAAAAAACUAAGAGAUGAAAAUGAAAAAGUAAGAAAAGAAUAUGGUUAUUGCAUGUGGGAUAAACAUCGACAACCAGUUGGAAAUUAUAAAAUUGAACCACCUGGACUAUUUCGUGGUCGUGGUGAACAUCCUAAAAUGGGUUGUGUUAAAAAACGUAUUAGUCCAGAAGAUAUUAUAAUUAAUAUUGGUAAAGAAGCACAUAUACCAAAACCACCUGAAGGACAUCAUUGGAAAGAAGUUCGACAUGAUAAUAAAGUAUCAUGGUUAGUUAUGUGGACAGAAAAUAUUCGUGGAAAUAAUAAAUAUAUUAUGUUAAAUGCAUCAUCACGUGUUAAGGGUGAACGAGAUUGGCAAAAAUAUGAAAAAGCUCGAAAACUUCAUAAAAUUAUUGAUAAAAUACGUGAAAAUUAUCAAAUCGAUUGGAAAAGUAAAGAAAUGCGUAUACGUCAACGUGCUGUUGCACUAUAUUUUAUUGACAAACUUGCACUUCGUGUUGGUAAUGAAAAAGAUGAAGACGAAGCUGAUACAGUCGGUUGUUGUUCCUUACGUAUCGAACAUAUUAAAUUAUACGAUAAAAUUGAUGGCAUUGGAGAGAAUGUUGUUGAAUUUGAUUUUCUUGGCAAAGAUAGUAUCAGAUAUACCAAUAAAGUCAGUGUUGAAUCACGUGUAUAUAAAAAUUUAAAAUUAUUUAUGGAAAACAAAGAGGGUAAUGAUGAAUUAUUUGAUCGUCUUCAAACAUCAAGUCUUAAUCAAUAUUUAAGCGAAUUGAUGGAUGGUCUUACAGCUAAAGUCUUUCGAACGUAUAACGCUUCAAAGACACUUCAAGAUGAACUUGAUUCACUCACAGAGUCAUCGGCAUCUAUACCAGAAAAACUUCUCGCUUAUAAUCGUGCUAAUCGUCAAGUUGCAUUACUAUGUAAUCAUCAACGUGCUGUACCAAAAACAUAUGAAAAAAGCAUGGAAACUCUUAAAGCUAAAAUUGAUGCAAAAAAAUCUGAAGUUGAUGAACAAAAAUCAGAAUAUAAACGAGCAUCAAUAGAAUAUAAAGAUACUAAAAGUCAAUCAGCACAAAAGAAAAAGGAACAAGCUGAAAAGAAAUUACAGCGUUCAGAAGAAGCAUUAAAAAAACUUGAAGUACAAGUAGUUGAUCGAGAGGAAAAUAAAGAUAUUGCACUUGGUACAUCUAAAUUAAAUUAUCUUGAUCCACGUAUAAGUAUAGCAUGGUGUAAAAAAUGGAAUGUACCAACUGAAAAAAUCUAUUCUAAAACUCAACGAGAUAAAUUUCGUUGGGCUCUUGAUAUGGCAACAGCUGAGUAUCAUUUCUAUAAUUAUGAAGGUGAAAUUGUUUUACGUAAUGUUGAUGAAACAAAUAAUGAUGAUGAUGAUGAUGAACAACAAAAUUCUGAUGAUGAAUGA